AUGAGGACUACUGGUGCAGUGGACUAUUUGUACUAUUGCAUGCUCAUUCUGCAGCUUGUGCAUCAGCCCGCUGCCAAGCAAGUGCUCCGGUACCGCUUGGCCGAGGAGGGACCCGCCGAUGUCAGGGUCGGCAACGUAGCCGCCGACCUGGGCAUUGUCGCCGGGUCCGGCGAGGUGACAUUCACGCUCGAAUCGGGCUCCGAUUUUUUCAAAAUAGACAACAUAACAGGUGAGCUCACCACCAACGAGAGGCGCAUAGACCGUGAAAAAUUACAGCAGUGCCAAAUGAUAUUUGAUGAAAAUGAGUGCUUUAUAGAUUUUGAAGUGUCAGUGAUCGGACCAGCCCAGAGCUGGGUCGACCUCUUUGAGGGAAAAGUCAUCAUAUUAGAUAUAAAUGAUAACACCCCGUCCUUCCCUUCCCCUGUCCUGACACUGUCUGUGGAGGAAAACAGACCGAUUGGAACCCUUUAUCUGCUGCCCACAGCCACGGACAGAGAUUUUGGCAGAAAUGGAAUAGAGAGAUAUGAGCUCAUCCAGGACAAUGGGGAGAACUCGAGGCGCUUGGGCUCUUCUGGGGAUGCAUACUCGGGGAAGAGGAGAUUUGAGGACGGCGCGAGCAGGAGCAGCGUCUUUGAACUGCAAGUUGCUGACACCACUGAUGGAGAGAAGCAGCCUCAACUCAUCAUUAAAGGGGCCCUUGAUAGGGAACAGAGAGACUCGUAUGAGCUCACACUGCGCGUUAGGGAUGGAGGCGAUCCCCCUCGCUCCUCCCAGGCCAUUCUGAGGGUGAUGAUCACCGACGUGAAUGACAACAGCCCUCGGUUCGAGAAGAGCGUGUAUGAGGCUGACCUGCCGGAAAACAGCUCCCCCGGUGCCCCCAUACUGCAGCUCAAAGCGACUGACGCAGACGUGGGGGUUAAUGGUCAAAUAGAGUAUGUGUUUGGGGCAGCCACAGAGUCAGUAAGGAGGCUGCUGAGGCUGGAUGAGAGCACGGGGUGGCUGAGUGUGUUGCACCGCAUUGACCGUGAAGAAGUGAGCCAGCUGAGGUUCACAGUAAUGGCCCGUGACCGAGGCCAGCCACCGAAAAUGGACAAGGCCACUGUGGUGUUGAACAUCAAGGAUGAGAACGACAACGUCCCUGCUAUUGAGAUACGGAAAAUCGGACGCAUUUUCUUAAAAGACGGGAUAGCCAACGUGGCUGAGGAUGUGGUGGUGGACACACCCAUUGCCUUAGUCCAGGUGUCCGACCGUGACCAGGGGGAAAAUGGCAUUGUGACCUGCACGGUGGUGGGGGAUGUGCCCUUUCAGCUCAAACCCGCCAGUGAGAUGGAGGGCGAGCAGAAUAAAAAGAAAUAUUUCCUCCACACAUCCGCACCGCUGGACUACGAGGCCACACAGGAAUACAAUGUGGUCAUCGUGGCUGUGGACUCUGGAAGCCCCAGUCUGGCGAGCAAUAACUCUCUUAUCGUCAAAGUGGGCGACACGAACGACAACCCUCCCGUCUUCAGCCAGAAUGUUGUAGAGGUGUCAUUUCCAGAAAACAAUGCCCCAGGCGAGAGGGUGACAACAGUGGCAGCCAUUGACGCAGAUAGUGGAAAGAACGCUGAAAUCGCCUACUCCCUGGACUCGUCAGUAAAUGGGAUUUUCUCUAUCGAUGCAGACAGUGGAGACAUCAGAGUAAACACCAUUCUGGACAGAGAGCAAACAGAGCGCUAUGAAUUCAAAGUGAUAGCCAAAGAUAAGGGCAUAAACACCCUUCAGGGCUCUGCAACAGUGGUUAUCCUUGUGGCCGACAAGAAUGACAACGAACCGAAGUUCAUGCAGGAUGUGUUCACCUUCUAUGUCAAGGAGAACCUUGAGCCAAACAGCCCAGUUGGCAUGGUUACAGUCAUUGACGCAGAUAAAGGCCAAAAUGCAGAGAUGAGUCUGUUCAUCGAGGAAGAGGAGGAAAUCUUUUCAAUCGAGAACGACACUGGGACUAUCUUCUCCACCCUGUCCUUUGACCGAGAGCAGAAAACCACAUACACGUUCCGGGUCAAAGCGGUGGAUGGAGGCGACCCUCCCAGAUCCGCCACCGCCACAGUUUCGCUCUUUGUCAUGGAUGAAAACGACAACGCACCAACGGUCACUUUCCCUUUAAACAGCUCCUACACCCUCCUUCCUCCCUCCAGCAAUGUCAGAACAGUAGUCAGAACUGUCAUAGCCACCGAUACCGACACCGGCAUCAACGCCGACCUGACCUACAGCAUCAUUGGGGGAAACCCCUUCAAGCUGUUUGAGAUUGAUGGGGGCACCGGGGUCAUUUCUCUGGUGGGAAAGUUGGAGCAGAAGCACUACGGCCUCCACAGACUGGUGGUCCAGGUGAACGACAGCGGCCAGCCUUCGCAGAGCACCACCACACUGGUUCACGUGUAUGUUAACGAGACUCUUUCCAAUUCCACAGUGGUGGAGGCCCAGGUGGCGAAGAGCCUGAGCACGUCUCUCAACACCAACAUUGCCGGUGACCCCAACUACGAUCUGAGCAAGCAGCGGUUAAGCAUCGUAAUUGGGGUAGUUUCUGGCAUCAUGACAGUCAUCCUCAUUAUUCUAGUCGUUGUCAUGGCCCGUUACUGCCGCCCCAAGAAUAAGAACGGCUACGAGGCUGGCAAGAAGGAUCAUGAAGACUUCUUCACACCGCAGCAGCACGAUAAGUCCAAGAAGCCCAAGAAGGAUAAGAAGAAGCAGAAGUCCAAACAGCCACUCUACAGCAGCAUCGUCACCGUGGAGGCCUCCAAACCCAACGGGCAGCGCUACGACGGCGUCAACGAGAAGCUGUCGGACAGCCCGGGCAUGGGCCGCUACCGUUCAGUCAACGGAGGGCCGGGGAGCCCAGAUCUGGCCCGACACUACAAGUCCAGCUCACCACUCCCCACCGUCCAGCUUCACCCGCAGUCGCCGACAGCUGGUAAAAAGCACCAGGCAGUUCAGGACCUGCCCCCUGCCAACACGUUUGUUGGCACCGGAGAUAACAUUUCCCUUGGAUCUGACCACUGCUCCGAAUACAGCAGUCAAACUAUCAACAAGUACAACAAACAGCCGUUUCGCCGAGUGACCUUCUCGGUGGUGAGCCAGCCCCAGGACCCUCACCAGCAGGGAUCGCUGCAGAGCUGCUACGACAGCGGCCUGGACGAGUCGGAGACGCCCAGCAGCAAGAGUUCGUCGGGCCCCCGGCUGGGCGCCCUUCCCCUGCCCGAGGACAGCUACGAGAGGACAACGCCGGAUGGCAGUGUCGGUGAGGCAGAGCACAUGGAAAAUGACGCCCGGCCCUUGCCUGACGUAGCCAUGACUGGCAAGUGCACCAGGGAAUGCGACGAGUACGGCCACUCGGACUCCUGCUGGAUGCCUGUGCGCACGUCGCCUGAGCGGCGGCCAUCCAAGUCAACCACCACCCCACAACAACCAAAGCUUUCCACCUUCAUGAGCGGCAACGGCAGCGGCAGCAGCAGCGCAGAGCAGCCCGGCAGCCAAGAGACCCUCGCCAUGGCCGCCAUGGCCAACGGAGACCCCACCGCCGCUCACAUGAUGGGCGACCGCAAUCGCAACCUGCUCAACAAGAAGUUGGCCUCCUCCUCCUCCUCCUACGAGGCCUUCGGCUCGCCUUCCUACGGCUCGCCGGGAAGCGGGGAGGAGGCGCUGGGCCACCCCACCGAGGAGAUCCCUCUGGCGCCUACUGGGGAGUACAAGCCCACGUCCUGUGGUACUCUGACGCGACGGGAGGUGUACCUGUGAGCUGGGAGGGUUUUGACGCAGCUGCUGUGCCACAACAUGUGGCAUUAACACUACAACACUAAGCGUAGUCGCUUACCCACCACCGUUACGGCUCUAGAAGCUUUUAGCCACCCUUGUUCUACACAAGAUAGGACUAAACUUUCUCCAAAGACUUUUACGACAGCUCCUUAAUGAAAAAUCUAAGUGGAUAUAUAAACAUAGUACCAUUUUUAAAGUGCUAAAUCCGGCCAUGACCUGGAAGAAAGGAGGAGGAGGAAAAACUGUUGAGGGCAGCGAUGGGACGUGGGAUGAGGCUGUUCAACUGGCGAGUCGGGCUCUUGGGACAUGAUCUGCUGCCUGACAGUCAAUCUGUACAAUAAUCAACUCAUUUUACAUAUACAGUACGUGCAUGCAUUACCCCCGCCCCCCCCCUCCGAGUCCCCCAUGAAGGCCCCAUUCCCUGAAGAUGUACAAAAAGAGACCGUUUCUUUUUCUGUUUAUGUUUUUUCUAGAAACAAAGUUGUACAUGUGGACUAUUUUGACUUCAAGGUGUGUCUGCUUAUGCCUUUUUUUAAUUUCAGAACAGUGCAACACUCCGGCCAUGAUGUUCAGUGGCUGCAACAACACUAUGGACGUAAUGUCAUACCGAGCUGUCCGUGGAUUCCGUCAUCUUGACUGUUUGUGAUAAAAAGCUGCUCAAUAGCAGACCAAAACUUGUCCGUAUUCAAAUCCUGUAAAGGACGGGAAAGACUAAGCUUUAAAUACUCAGCCCAGAAAACAGCACUUGUGUCAGUCGUCUCUCGAAAGGGAGAUCCUUGGACAGAAUUGGAAUUUGCUGCAACAACACCUUGCUUCAGACUACAACACCACUGGUACACUAUGAUGAACACAUGACGGCUGAUUCUAACUUACCAGUGCGUACGCUCUUCACAGGUGAAAAGUCACUCAUUGUACAUAAACAUUGGACCACAGCAACACCGCUAACUGCUCUCAUUCCCUUUUGUCUUGCGACCUUUCCUCAGUCUCUCGUUCUUUGUCUCCGAUUGGCGACGCUGAGACCAAUACCCUCUCACGAAAUGCAAAAUUAGAGCCAUGACAUAUCGCCGCGUCGGCCGGAAAAAGCAUGCGUGUACAUGGUCGUGUGUAUUGCGAUCACCUGAGUGCGAUGCUACUGUUUAUAUCAAAGUCGUGAUAACGUGCCCUGUCUUUCUCAAUCACACACGCGGACACACACAUACGCAGAAGCUGAUUCUUUUAACUGAGGCAAGCGGCGCUGCCGCACUGACUGAAAAUCCUGGGUAAGCACAGUGUGUGGCAUGCCGAGAUUAAAAUUAUGGCGGUGCAGUUGAAAUUGUAUGUGUGUAUGGGCCAGAUAUGCAGUAUAUAGUGUGUGUGUUUUUGGCUAUAUUUAGUGUAUAUGUAGAUGUACACCGAUAAUAGGCUUAGGAGGGUGUAAACGUGGCC